AUGCUGCACGAGAGAGACAUGCUGCACGAGGCCGCGCUUCACCUCAGCUCCUCCGACAGCAGUCCGGCUGGACUCAUCGCGAUGACACAAAGUUGGUCUCCACAGCAGAUGGACUUCGAUUGUGGCCCCCGUGGGGCCCGCCGGGUCUCCACCAACAGUCGGGAGCGUUGGCGUCAGCAGAACGUUAACGGAGCGUUCACGGAGCUGCGGCGUCUCCUCCCCACGCACCCCCCCAACAGGAAGCUCAGCAAGAACCAGAUCCUGCGCCUCGCCCUCAGGUACAUCCACCUCCUGCAGCAGGUCCUCACGGAGCAGGAGCUCAGGGCGGCCCCCCGGGGGGCCCCCAGGGGCCGGGCCGGGAGCCUGGAGGAGGAGCCGCAGGAGGAGGAGCCGCAGGAGGAGGAGCCGCAGGAGGAGGAGCCGCAGGAGCCAAACUGUGAGAGCUCAGGGGACGGAGAUUUUGACGGUCUGCAGCUCCUCCACCUGCAGACCAGAUACUGCUGAGUCCAGACCAGCAGCACCAGUCCAGACCAGCAGGAGGCGCUGGACCAGGACUCUGUAUUGAUGUUAAAGAUGACGUUUGUUGCUGCAGAGCGUUCCUCUGAGACGUUGUUCUUAUUUUACGUGUGAUAUUCACAUGAAUCUGUUUCAGAGUUAAUGAAUUCGUAGACGCGUGAUGAGUUUGAUUUUCUGUCAGAGAAGAAGAAGAAGACGGCGUUCUGCGUCUCAGCAGAAAAAAAUCAGUAACCAGAUUCAGUUUCUUUCAUGUUGAAGGAACUUUUGGUGAUUUUAUCGUUUAAUUGGUCGAUUGUUUUCAUCUGUGAUGCAAAAUAUUAAAAAUAUUAAAGUAAUUUCACACUGACGUACGCUGCAGUCUUUUAUUCUGAAAAUGUGUAUUAAUACGUGUAUUAUAGAAUCAUAUAUAGGAGCUGAAUGUUUACAGUCAUUUAGGGACUGUUUGUUAUUUAUGGGGAGGGGUAUUUUUUAACCCUUUGGAGGGACUGAGGGUUUUAUUUUGGCUU